ACUAUAAGCAUGCUCUAUAUAUUCAACGUAACGUUUAUAGGCAGCAGUUGCUCCUGAGAUCACACGUCUCCAUAAACAGUGGUCGAAAGAGUCGUUUGACCCUAACAACCAACACAAGCAUAUUGAGCUAGUUAGGAAGUGCAUAAGUUUGCAAACAAGCGAGGCAACAAUAAAACAUAUAAACGUUUGUUUGCCAGAUACAUAUUAAACAAUAAUCCUAGAAGCAGAAUGUCGUCGACGAAUUUCUACACAUCGGCACUGCUAGCGACCUCAAGUAACAGGAUUCAGCGAGAAAUUCCUUCGUUUGAAAGCCUAAACAGACCCAUGCAAGAGGCUGUCGAAGAGGAAAGACCCACAGCUGCUGCAAGUAAUCUCCAUGAACAGCAAGAAGACAAACAGGCACAAAAGAAGGAAGAACAUUCCAAGAACACACCAACUGUAUCUACUUCGCAGCAAAAACAGAGUGGUGAAGAACAUGAAGAGAACAACGCUGGAUCUAAUCAACAACAGGGCGGAAGUCUGCCAUCGUACACUGCGAUGAUAGCGCAAGCGAUAUUAAGCAAAGAAGGACACCGUUCAACUUUAAGCGACAUUUACGAAUUCAUGAGCAAAACGUUUCCAGCACUUGAAAGAAGGGGAACUGGCUGGCGGAACUGCGUUCGACAUACCCUUUCCUUAAACGACUGCUUUAUCAAACUUCACCGGCCAGAAAAUGGGAGAAGCUGUAACUGGGCCGUUCAUCCAACAUAUUUCGAAAGCUUUUCACGAGGCGACUACAGAAAAAGAAGAUCAAUCCGAAAGCGGGCAAGAACGCUACCAUGGCUAGAUUCCGGUAUACCGUAUCCAAUGCAAUACUUCCGAGAGGAGGAAUAUGCCCAGCAUCAGCCCGGUUCGUGGCAGCUUAGUCCUUCAAAUGGGCCAUCUUGGAACCCUCAGCAAGCGUUUUAUAACCAACCCCAUUCUACAUACAACCAACCUGUAGCAUCGGCUCAAGAUUAUCGCCAAGCUUAUUUCAACAGCCACGCUUCCUGCCAUUAUAUGGACCCAAACUGCUACUGCUUUAACCAGAAAGGUACGAAUCGGUACAUGUCAUAGUUCCUGCAGACUGAACACUUGUAUGUAAUGUAUGUAGUCAUGUUAACCUAAACAUGUAGCACAGCUUUUAACACAAGACCAGUUUAAUGUGUAAAUCUAAUUUAGAUCUGUUGCUGUGUUUUAUAUAGUUGUAUAACAUGCGAAGAAGAUUUUGAAGUUAAAACAUGCGUUGUAUUACCGGUCUUUAAGCAUCCAUGAUUUUUUCUUUUCACUAGAAAAUUUCAGACACAAAUCAUUAUCAAGGUAAACAGCACUUUUGAAUAAGUUGUAAGCAGUCGAGUAAAUGGGGAAUUUCUUGAAUCAUUUUGCAGCAAUAAACCUAAUUAUGCUAUAUUUUCACACCAAUGUAUUCGUAUCUGUUGAAUUCAUGUAACCAACAAACACAUUACACGCUUUGUGGGAGCGCAUAUAUAUAACUGAAGGACUUUCCUUUAUUUGCUAUAAAACAUCUUUUGUUAAUAACAUAGAAUGUAAUUUGUGCUUAAAGAAUUAAAGAGACCGUUAUUUUUUCCAAAGGAGUUUACCUUCUAGACUUUGACGCUGGAAAAUAUAUUGUAAAUAUAUUUAUAUAUAUUAAAUGUAUAGUAUCAUUGCACAUAAUCAAGAUGUUUUUUUUGUCUU